AUGCCAUCCUUCGCUGAAAUUCUCAAGAAAUCAUCUCGAGCGUCGAGAAGAGACCACUUCUCUCCUAUCCGUGCUGACUGGAAACUUCAUGGACUCGAUUCUGACAAUGAAAAAUUGCUGGAUGGUAUCAGUAACCUCAGCUUGAACCCGACGGCCACCUCCAAGGCGAAAAAUGGAAUGAAAGAAGAAUUCACCAACUCCAUCUAUUACAAUCUCGAUUUGGGGUACUCUAAUGAAAAUGGUAGCAAGUUUCAUGAUUCCCGCCAUGACUCUGAACAGGGAUGGCAGUUUAAGAGCAAUGACUCAAUUCGUACAAACAAGAGUCGUCGUCCAAAAUUAUCAGCUCAGAUUGAUCUCGAUAGUGGUCGCCAAGGGUAUCUACAAUCAAGACGCGGCGAUCUUUCAGGGAUAGAAGAAGUAGAGGAAGAAGAGGAGUCGUAUACUUCGGAGGGGACUCCUGUCGAAGCUUUAACAGCAUUGUUCGACACUGAUAUGGAAAAUCAUCGUUACAAGCUUCAGCAAAAUAUCUCCAAUACUACACUAGAGGAAGACAGCUCCGACGAGAGACUUGAGCCCAUCGAUUCGCGCUGUGCUCUUCUGGCACCUUCCGGUACUCGAUGGUCAGCUGCAAGUUUAGCUGAAGAUCAUAAGCAAUUUUCGGCGUCUGAUUUGGACAAAAGAUUGACCACGUUGAAGAAGCAGCAAGACAGCAAAAAGGGACUGCGGAGGAGAUUAAUGAGAAAGGUGACUCACAGACGUCAAGGCCGGAGGUUGCUUAGCAGGUCAAAAAUGGGUAUUGGUAGAUCUGGAGGGAAUUAUAUGGAACUGAGAACAAAGGCAGAAAUAUUGAUAUGA